AUGGUAUUUGGGGAUACAGACGUGACGCCGACUUUCCACUCGAACAUUGGCAAUUUCUUCGCCAACAACUCCACCAUCCUCAUCAGCGCAACCUACCGCCUCCUUCCAGAAGCCUCUCACCCCUCCGGCGCAAUAGACGCCUCUCUCGCCAUCUCCUGGGCUAUCUCAAAUAGUCCCAAAUAUGGCGGCUGUCCGGCUACAUCUCUAACAAUCAUAGGACAUUCCGCGGGAGGUAGUUGUAUCGGCACCGCGCUAUGGGGAGGCUACUUAGCUGAAGACCCAAGUCUAAGUCUGAAAGAGGACAAGAGCGGGCCUCAGAAAGAAGAGUGGGACCAAAUAAUCAACAACUCGACAUUCAUCUUCCUUUCCGCCGGUCUCUGGUACGACGUCGAUAAUCCGCCGACAAGCAUCAAUAUGCCUAAGUAUCACCGCACAAAGGAUAAAGCGAGAAUCAGGAGGGAGAUGCCUGUUGCGCUUUUUAGGGAAGCAGCUUUGAAGGCAAAGGCGGGGGAUGAAGUGGGAUGGAAGGGCCCGAAAAUGAAGUUCUUUUUGGGGGAAUGGGAGUUUGAUGAGAUUGUGAAGGGGACGGAGGGGUGUGAGGCGGCGUGGGAGGAGGUUUUUGGUAAAGAAGAGGGGGAUGGAGAUGAGACCGAGAAUGGGUUGAGGGAUUGGAUGUAG